CAGUCGCUCAGAAGUCGCACCAAAUACGGGACCAGUGGCAGUGCGACCCGGCUUCAGCGCAAGAGUCCCCCCGUGCCGUUGCCAAUCUACUGCGUCUAUUCGACGAAGGAACGAUUGUACUGCCACAGGGCGUCGGGUUCGUCGGAUAGUAGUCAACUUUCGUCCAGUCGAGAUGGCCAUCAUUCGGACAACAUGUUCUAUCCUCAAUACGUCAUGGAGGACGGCUCGAAUUCGAGCGCUAGCUCGAGGUUUGCUCCAAACACGUACGACGAGUCGACGGACGACGAUGCCGAGUACGCGGUUCCGCCGGACGCCAUAGAAUUGAGGAAUUCGUCGUCCGAUUUAAAAUGUGUACUGCAAAAAGAGGAGUUAUGCAACGGCAUCGUUAAUUCGGUGAGUACUUCGUUUAUCGUUCAUCGUUCACUGAUAUUGUGCUAC